AUGGCUGAAAUCAAGGAGGAAGAAUACGUUCACAAAGUGUACAACGAAAUAGCGGACCAUUUUUCAGAAACGCGUUACAAGCCAUGGCCGAUUGUCAUAGGUUUCCUCAAUAAAAGAAGCGUGGGAAGUAUAGGUAUUGAUGUGGGAUGCGGCAACGGCAAAUAUCUGAAAAUAAACCCGAAUGUAUUUAUUAUUGGCUCUGACCGGUCCUCGGGACUCAUUCAGUGUGCUCAUAGUAUAGAUAAAAGCCACAAUGUUAUGGUUGCGGAUGGAAUGCAUCUUCCACAUAAGGAUAACUCUUUCGAUUUUGCGAUUUCGAUUGCAGUGAUACAUCAUUGGUCUACCAGAGAAAGACGUGUUUCUGCGAUAGCCCAUAUACUGAGUAAAUUGAAAGCAGGCGGUGAGGCGCUGAUAUACUGUUGGGCAUUGGAACAAGGCAAUUCUAGAAGAGGUUACCACGAAGGCAUGGAACAAGAUAUCUUGGUACCAUGGGUGCUCCAAGAAAAGAAAACGAAAAUGGCACUCAAGGAAAGGAAACGUGAUAAAGCCAUUAAACCAGAUUUAACGGGCGUACCGCCAAACGAGAGAGCCAAAUUCAUGGCCAAUUGGAAAAAAGAGCAGGACCGAAAGAGAUCAGAGCAACAGCUCGAUCCCCAAAACAUUGAGUCAGAUACGCAGGAAAAAAAUACUAAAUACAGAUAUUAUCAUUUAUACCGCGAGGGCGAAUUAGAAGAGGAUUGUUUGCUCGCGGGUGGAACCGUCUUGGAUAAAGGUUAUGAAAAGGAUAAUUGGUACGUCGUAGUAGCGAAAUAG